AUGUCUUGGAUAAUAGCAAAUACGUCAAUGAACGAUUUCGAAGCCCUUGCCAAUGGGACUAUAGCGUCAUCAGGAUUCAACGACUGGACCCCUUCUAAGCAACAUGAAGGAUUCGCAAAUGUGGUUCAUACUUUGAUCUUCUAUUUCACGGUGGUCCAACAAGAGGAUAAUGUGACAAAAACUGCAUAUGAUCGGGGUUUUAUUCUCAUACGCCUACCACCGCUGGUAGCAAUAAUCUCAGGUGAAACUGAAAUAACAAAAGGAGAUACGCAGAUGAUCGUUCUUAAUGGAAGCGAAUCCUUCGAUCCCCAUGUUGGGCCAGGGCAUCAGGAAUUGCUUAUGUUUCAUUGGCUAUGUAGAAGAGCGGGUGAAGAAUUCCCAUCUGAGCACCCGCUUGAAAUUAAAGUCGUCUCCAGACCUUUGAACCCCCCUAAGCCAUCACGUGGAGGCUGUUUUGGAACAGGUGUUGGUAGAUUGGACUCCAACGAACCAUUAUUUGUGCUGAACGCCUCAGUAUUAGAAAGUUCAAAUGCAACUUACGUCUUCAAACUUAUCGUUACAAAAGACGUGAGAUCCGCAAGUGAUGAGAAGCUAGUUAAAGUCGUCAAGGGAAACCCUCCUGAAGUUUCAUUAAAUUUUGUUUUAAAUGACCGUUUAAAUGUCAUCUCAACUGCUCCGCUGACCAUAUCGGCCGAUUACGUGGGUUAUCAAUGCAACGAUGAUGUAGAGUAUCAAUGGAUUCUUUACCAGGAGGACAAAAACGCGGGAUGGUUGGAAGUCUUUAAUCAACCAGAAAGAACAAAAGUAUUUACAAUCGAUCCAAAGAUUCUUCAAGACAAUACAAAAUAUCGACUCGAAAUGACUGUGAUACUUAGGAACGACACUCCUUCUAAAAGCGUACAGGUUUUCAAGACUGCGCUCCUUCCAAAAGAAGGAUCUUGCGUUGUAACACCCGACACUGGUGAAGCAGUGUAUACCCUAUUUGAACUGCUAUGCUUCGGAUGGUUUGCAAUUAACGAAACGUUCACAUACGAAAUUCAAAUCUCCGGGGAAGGCUCCAUAUACUAUAGCUAUUAUCACGGCCCUUCAGCCAAACAAAUGUUAGUAUUACCUCAAGGGAAUGCUUCUCAUGGAUAUUGGUCGAACGUCAAAGUCUUCGUAUUAAGAAGCAACGGGGCAACCACUGAGUUGGAUGUUCCUGUUAGGGUCACUCCGCCCAAAUCAAACGCCAGUAUGGAUCUCUUUGAGCUUCUGGUUAAAAACACAAGUGCCUUCGAGGAUUAUCUCCUCUCAAUGGAGUCACAUAAGGCCUGGCAGCUAAUGACGGCUAUGUUGUUGACAACGGAGGCACAGGAGUUGGUCUAUGGUAGUAAUUCAGAAAAAUCGCUUCAACAAAGAAUUGCUCAAAGAGAUGUCGCCCUCAGAAGACUUCAGAUAAACGAAUUUAAAGAUCUACCUGGUUUGGUGUUCAUCUCGGCUUUCUUGGCUUCAGCGGGGAGGAAUUUGCCAGAGUUGUCCUAUCUCAGUAAGAGGUAUCUGCCACAGAUUUUUGGAAAUAUGAGUGAUACUAUACUCCACGAAGCUAAUAAUUUGAACGCAAAAGAUGAGCGAUAUAUUUCUCAAGGAGUAUAUAACAUGUUGUUUGGAACAGUGGAACUACUUAUGAUUACCGCAGAGGAAGCUAAAAUAACUGAGGACAGUGGCCUCUCGGCAGCUAACCGAUCUCAGGAAAAAGAAAUCGUCCUGAAAUCAAUCAACAUCAUCAGAACCUUGCUUAGGACUCUGACGACUAGAUCAGCGGUUUCGCAGUCACCGAAAAGUAUGCAGGUUUUGGGUUUAGAUUUCACGGCGGGUCGCGAGACCUCCUGUGGACUCGAGUCAAAAACUUUGAACGGGUCAGAGGGCCAGGGUUUUGUACUUCCACCCAAUAUGAAGAAAGCAUUUGGUGAGAUAGACUUAGAUUCAAUUGACUAUCAGCUUAUUCAUACCAAGUUCAAUCCAUAUCUGUGGCAUCAAACUCACCAGGAAGUGAAGUCGGAAAUACUGAGCCUUGAGUUUAAUGACGAUAAUGGAAAUGUAUUACCUGUCGGUGGGGAUGACAUCGACAUCGACAUCAAAAUACCUCUAGAUUCUAGGAACGAGUCUUUAAAUAACUUUUUCAUUAGACCACUAACAAUGCGAUAUCAUAUUGUCACGCUCGAUGAAAUUUCUGAUUCUAUCAUCCUUGAAGUUAAACCAAUCAACCGAAGUUUAAUGAUGGUGGUGUAUGUUAAACAUGGAGGGCGUCCAACUUUGAGCGACUUUGACUUUUACGCUGUUAUACCUGAUUAUUCUUCUUGUCGUUAUGAUGCUCUCAAUGGUAACCUGGUCCUUAAAUGCGUCACAAGUCCAUACAGAGUCAUGUCCACUGGAGAUUUUAACCAGACGGGUCUAUACUAUGUCGGCGUGUUGUACAUUGAAAAGUCUCAGCUAAAUCACACCCGAACAAGACGUUCAUGCUUCGGAAGAAAGAGACAAAAAAGGGACUGUGUAGAGCCAAAGCCUCCUCCAGUGAGAGGAGUAGAGUACAAUAGAACAUUAACCUAUAAUCCCGCCACUGACCAGAACUACAGUGUCAAAGUUCAGAAAUACAGCUGUUAUUAUUUCUCCUUGACGCAGAACACGUGGAGUAAAGAUGGCUGCAAGGUCGGUGAUGAGACGAACGAACAACUACUUCACUGUAAAUGUAACCAUCUAACUGCGUUCGCCGGUGGUUUCCUCAUUGCUCCAAAUCCAAUAGACUUCGACAAAGUUUUCGUAGAAUUUACCAAGCUCGGUGAAACAGGAAAUUAUGUGGUACUGUCAACUGUGUGUGGCAUUUUUGGCGUCUAUGUGUUGGUAAUUAUCUGGGCGAGAAAAGCGGAUAUGUUAGAUGAUAGAAAGUUGGGUCCAACUGUGAAUAUAAAACACAACGAGAACAGCUCAUACAAGUAUGAUGUGACCAUAAUAACCGGAGUAUGGAGACAAGCUGGCACAUCGGCAAGCGUAUUUGCUAAAAUCUACGGAACUGAGAGCUCUACUAAGGAGGUCAACUUGACUGGCAACGCUCCACCUGGUAGAAAACUUUUUGCAAGAGGCAGCAUUGAUAGGUUCGUUCUUCACCUUGACAGUCAGCUCGGAAGUGUAUUUAAAGUUGAAAUGUGGCAUGACAACAGUGGAAAAAGUUCUUCUUGGUUCCUUGAUCAAGUUCAUAUUGUUGAAAGAAGUACAGGGGAAAAGUGGGAUUUCUUCUAUCAUAAUUGGCUGGCUCUUCACAAAGGGAAUGGAACCACUGCUGCGACUCUCAUGUCCCAUGAUAAUGGUCAGCACAGUCCUGGGUUUAAAAGUAUGUUUCACUCAAUGGCUUCAGCAGACCUGGCCGAUUACCACAUCUGGGCCUCCGUCGUUACGAGGCCACCACGGAAUUUCUUCACACGCGUUCAGCGUGCCUCUUGCUGCCUUUCUUUUCUGUAUUUGGCAAUGGUAUGUAACGCCAUGUUUUAUCUGGUAGUUGGCGGUUCCGAGGAUUUGAUCCAGAUAGGACCAUUGCAAAUGUCCCUUCGGCAGCUAAUUAUUGGAAUUGAGAGUACACUGAUAGUUACACCAGUGAGUAUUAUCAUAACUGCAUUAUUCCGCUUCAGAAAGGCAAAAACGAACGGAGAGUGUGAAGACGGCGAUUCAAACAAUAAUUCUCCUGAAAUGUCCUCAGCAAAAAAUAACAAGAAACAAUUCUUACUUCCCCAUGCCUUUGUUUAUCCUGCCUGGUUUCUCUGCAUUGCAACAGCAGCGACGGCUGCCACGUUUACAGUAUUUUACAGCCUUCAAUGGGGUAAAGAAAUUGCUGAUCAAUGGUUAGCUUCUGUCUUGGUAUCUUGUGUCGAAGAUGUUUUCAUCUGGCAACCUUCUAAAGUCCUAGUAUUAGCUUUGUUAUUGAUUCUAAUUUUUAAAAGACCUAAGCCACCCGAUGAAACUGAAAAUUGCGAUGGAACAUCCUUUGCAGAGGAGAUACGAGAGCAACGUGCCUAUGAAUUACGGAAGGCAAAAUUUUUUAGAUUUGCGCGACAAUUUUUGGCUUUUUUGGCCUUUUAUCUCUUUUUGAUGAUUGUAGCUUAUGGAGACAAGGAUUAUCAUAGGUACCUGAUGACUAAAGCCACGCGUGACGGUUUCGCCUAUUUCUACAAGGUAAACACUGGUGACAAAAUGUGGGAUUACAUGCUGGGAAAGUUCAUCCAUGACUCUUAUGCCGGUGAGUGGUACAAUGGACAGUUUGAGCCGACGACAGAGUACAUUGGUAACAAAGCUUCCAUGCUCAUUGGAAUGCCUCGUCUUCGACAGUUGAGGAUAAAUGAAGAAUCAUGCACCGUUGUGAAAGAGCUUGAGGAUAUGAUUGAUAAAUGCUAUGACUUUUACUCGAUGUCAGAGGAGGAUACAACACGCCUUUAUCUUCCUCAUUGGAUUCACUUGUCAGACUCACAGCUUAGCUGGAACAAUCUAUCACAACUUUGUCCUAAGCCUUGGCGUUAUUCAACUGCAGAGGAGCUCAAUAACUUUCCAUCGUGGGCACAACAUCACAUAUAUGGCGGUGGAGGGUACGUUCUCGAUUUGGGAUACGAUAAACCGACUGCUAUCCGUGUGAUGGAGGCUGUUAAAGACAAAGACUGGAUUGAUAGAAGAACAAGGGCAAUUCUGCUUGAAUUUCAAGUCCUGAACCUGAACACUAACUUAAUGAGCAUUAUCACGUACCAUUACGAAGUUCUUCCUUUCGGAUUUGGGCUUACUUACGAAAGGAUUGACACCAUAAAAUUGUUUAAUUUUCAAACUAUGGCCUACAGCUUUUACCUAAUGUGCCAGUUGAUAUUUAUAUUUAUGGUGUUAGUGUAUAUCACGAUACUUCUUAUAAGACUAUGUCGUAAAGGAGGUGCAUUUUUCAAGCGAAUAUGGAACUGGAUAGAUGUUGGUCAAAUUGUGAGUGCCUCGCUUGCAGUUGUGUUUUACGUUAUGAAAGUUAAGUUUAUGCAUGACAGUAUCCAAGAAGUGCGAAGGAAUCCAUUUGUGACAGUAAGCUUUCAGUUCGCAAUUUUUUGGACUGAAAUGGAACAUGCUGCUCUUUCAUUUGCUUUAUUCUUUGCCACGUUCAAAAUUCUGCAUUUCAUUCGACUUAAUCCGCAGGUACAAAUACUAGCGUGGUCGUUAGCCAUUGCAAAAAAUGACAUUUUUUCAAUAAGUGUUCUCUUCGGAUUACUAUUUAUUGCACAUGGGCAUUUUGCCUACAUGGUUUUUGGUGGCUCAGUGUUUUCAUUUUCAUCGUUCAUCCGCUCGUUCGCUUCUGAAUUUGAAUUAGCACUUGGGAACACCUUUCACGUUGUCCAACUCGAUGAUGUCAAUAGAAUCUUUGGUAAUCUUUUCACUGCCAGUUUUAUGGUCACACUUGCAAUUCUUCUGAUCAACAUUUUUGUGUCUAUUCUUGAUAUAAAUUUACACGAUGUAAAGGGCGACGAAGAGAAACUUGAGGAAGCAUAUAGUAUGGGAGAAUUUAUCAAAACACUUCUAUUUGGCCUAGAUCGCCAGAAAGAGGAAGAUACUAAACUGUAA